GUUACAUAAUAGGGGCCAACACGUGGGUGGAGCUUGUAAACUGAGCUCACAUCAAUGUGGAGACAGGUAGUGCUACGGGUCUUCUCCAGUCCUUUCAGUAGGAGAUUGUCGGGGCAGGGUGCAAUUAGAGAUGGCCUGAAGGGCACCAUUGGAAAUACUCCACUGGUUCGACUGAACAAACUGAGCCAGGAGACUGGAUGUACAAUAGCAGUGAAGGCAGAGUUCAUGAACCCCGGGGGAUCGGUCAAAGACAGAGCUGCCCUCUACCUCAUCAAAGAUGCCGAAGAGAAAGACGAGGUAAUCAGAGGAACAGUGACGUCUUCUCACAUUCGAUCACAGCUCAAAAAUAAACCUUUAAGUUUUUACAGUGAAAGAGACUCGGUUUUAAGUGUGUGUGCUCACCUCUGCCAGGACAGCUGAGAGCAGGAGGGACAGUAGUAGAAGGAACUGCAGGUAACACAGGUAUUGGACUGGCUCACAUCUGCAAGGCUCUAGGAUAUCACUGCGUCAUCUUCAUGCCCGACACACAGUCUCAGGAGAAGAUUGAUGCCCUCAAGGUGCUGGGGGCUGACGUGAGACCAGUACCAGCUGUUACAUUUGACAAUCCCGACAACUACAACCAUCAGGCUCGCCGCUAUGCCGAGUCUCUGGAGAAUGCAGUCUGGACAAACCAGUUUGACAACACUGCUAACAGGAGAGCUCACGUUGAGACCACCGGCCCCGAGAUUUGGGAGCAGACUGGUGGUCGUGUGAGUGCAGUUACAUUCAGCACUGGCACGGGAGGCACUCUGGCAGGUGUUGGGGAGUAUCUGAAGACUAAGAAUCCAGAUGUCCAAGUAGUACUGGCUGAUCCCCAGGGUAGUGUACUGUACAAUCACUUUACUCAUGGGAAACUGGAAAGGAGUGAAGGAAGCUCAAUAACAGAAGGAAUAGGGCAAGGGAGGGUGACACAGAAUCUCAAUGGAGCCCCUGUUGAUAGAGCCAUCCUUGUGCUUGACUCUGAGGCAGUGGCCAUGACAUUUUACCUGCUACAUGAAGAAGGUUUUUUCGUCGGGGCAUCAUCUGGACUAAAUGUGGCAGCUGCUGUUAGGGUGGCUAAGGACAUGGGUCCUGGCCAUACAGUUGUCACUUGCUUAUGUGACAGUGGACAGAGAUACUAUGCUCGACUCUUCAACAGAGAAUGGUUGAAAUCUAAAGACCUACUGGACUCCAUUCCUGAAAAGUAUCGGGACUCGUUGCACUGCUAGCCGACUAGCUACCGUCUUUUUAUUGGUGCAUUCAGUGCUAGUUUUCUCACUCGGAAAUGAUGUUGUGUGAGGCUUAUAAUAUGAAAAUUCUUCACAGCAAACAUUCAUU